UAUGCUUACUGCUAGUUUACUUCCACUCCCAGAGGUGCUCCAGGCUCCUGGAAACCAAACAGUCUUUCUGAACCAGUCAGCAGUGUUCACAUGUGAGACAGAUGGUGGUUCCACUGGUUGGAGUGUUAAUGGAACUGAACUGGAUGAGCUUCCACCUGCAAUAGAAAUGGAUUUGGAAACCAUCGGUGCUAACACUGCAGAAGGGACUAGACUGGCGAGUCUGACUAUCCCAGCCAAAGCUGAGUACAAUGGAACUAGAGUUUCGUGUUUUGUACAACAACGUGGUGGUCCAUUCGUGGAGAGUGCUAAUGUCACAUUGAGGAUUCAAGGUCCACUAUCAGCAGUAGGUGAUUUGAGAGCCACCAGCAAUGCCAGCUCAGUGACCAUCUCGUGGAGUGUUCCAUUCUCUCUGGAUGUGACUGGUGUUGAUCCUGAUAUCUGGUACUCUGUCCUCAUCUACAAUGUGACAGAUGAGAACAACCCAACAGCCAUCCUCUGUACUGACUGUAUCAAUAUCACUGAGACACACUACACCUUCACUCCUGACUACCUCAGUCCUUGUCAUGUGUACAAACUUCUCUGUCAUCCCUCUGAA